CUGUCGUCAGUGACGAUUUCACCAUCUCCACGGCCCAUAGUCAAGUAUUACACAUUGCUAGCAGUUACGCGGUGCCAAAGGAGACACGGCAGAGAACCCGGCUACCCUGCUCGGCGCGCACCGCCUCCACCCCACUUCAAUUGGGCCGCCAGUUGGAGCCCCGAGGCCCUUCAAGCACCGCUCGCUGUGAGCGAACACUCCCUUCUGGUUCGAUGUGCCGAUCGCAUUUGCACUAGCAUUUGCUGCACCACAUCUACAGCGACAUGGAAGUUGAUAUUGCGCCACAAUUCGGCGCCGAGUUGAAGGAUGGCUUCAAGACAGUCAACGCUUGGGUCUCUGGAGGCAUCACAUGGCUCGACGACAUACAGCAAUUCUAUCGUGAACGAAGCGCCAUAGAGAAGGAGUAUUCUCAAAGGCUCAGCGCGUUAGCAAAGAAGUACUAUGAGAAGAAGUCGAGGAAAGUGAGCAGCUUGAGUGUUGGUGAUACGCCGACGGUAACUCCAGGCUCGCUGGAGAGUGCCUCUAUGACCACAUGGGGCGUGCAACUGAACACCCUCGAACAACGCGCGGCCGAGCACGACCAAUUCGCUAUGGCUCUCAUAUCACAACUCGCCGAUCCGUUGAAGACGCUUGCGACUCGAACCGAAGAGCUGCGGAAACUCCACGGCGACUACGCAGCAAAGCUCGAGAAGGAACGAGACGGACAGUACGCCGACCUACGCAAGACCAAGGGCAGAUACGACAGUGUGUGCCAGGAGGUUGAGAGCCGCCGCAAGAAGGUGGAUGGUGCUUUCGACCACGGUAAGAACAAGGCGCGGAACGCUUUCGAACAGCAGCAGAUCGAGAUGCGCAAUGUCAAGAACACCUACCUCAUUACCAUCAAUGUCACGAACAAGCAGAAGGAGAUGUACUACCACGAGUAUGUCCCGGAGCUUCUGGAUAGCAUGCAAGAUCUCUCAGAAACCCGCGUCAAUAAAUUGAACGCAAUCUGGUCAUUAGCUGCCUCAAUCGAGACCCAAACGCUCACCCGCAGUACCGAAUGCCUGCAGCAUCUCUCCGCCGAAAUCCCUCGCAACAACCCACUGCUCGACUCCAUGAUGUUCGUCAGACACAACGCAGGAGGGUGGCAGGAACCCAGCGAUUUCCAGUUCGAGCCGAGUCCGGUGUGGCUUGACGAUGGUAACCUUGCGGUGGACGAGUCCGCAGUCACCUUCCUACGAAACGUUCUGCUGAAGACCAAAGGCUCGCUUGGAGACUACCGACGAGAUCUCGACAAGAAGUUGAAGGAGGUCGAAAAUGCAAAGGUUGUUCGGCGGAAUGUCCGAGAAGGGAAGGACAAGAGGGACGAGGUCGAUGUGGUCCGGGCCAUUUUUGCCAUCCAGGAACAGGCCCACGAGAUCGAGAAACAGAAGGUCAGCGCCGAGGUUGAAGUCUCAACUAUCACGUCGGUGGUUGGCGAUGUAAGCAUUGGCGCAAGGAACCACAAUUUCAAGUCGCAGACAUUCAAGAUACCCACAAACUGCGAUCUGUGCGGGGACAGGAUAUGGGGGUUGUCUGCAAAGGGGUUCGACUGCCGAGACUGCGGUUACACUUGUCAUAGCAAGUGCGAGCUGAAGGUGCCGGCAGAUUGUCCCGGAGAGCAGACAAAGGAAGAUAAGAAGAAACUCAAGGAAGAGCGACAGAAGGCUUCACACACAGUCACAUCAACAAAUGGCGCUGCUGCAGGGUCAACAGCUGAUAUGCCGCGAUUAGGCAGAAGCGACACCGUGAACUCGAUGAACACGCUCAGCUCUGGCUAUUCAGCGACAGCUCACAGAUCAAUUUCCGGAGGGAUGUCACCGACCGUUGAAGAACCGCCAGCAGAGAAGAAAGUACCAGCGGCCGGUAUUAGGAAGCACCGAGUCGUUGCGCCGCCACCUGCAGCAUACAUCAAGGCUGACGAAGACGCUCCGCCGCCAGCAUCUGGAGCACCAGAAGUCAAGGGCAGGAUGUUGUAUGCCUACGAAGCAGGCGGCGACGGCGAGUUAUCGAUUGCUGAUGGGCGCGAUGUCACCAUCUUGGAACCCGAUGACGGAUCUGGCUGGAUGAAGGUCCGCGCUGGGGGCAAGGAGGGUCUUGUGCCUGCCUCAUACGUUGAGAUUCUCGCUGCCGCGACACCACCCACCACUGCAUCCACAUUCUCUUCAACCCGGCCUGACUCGACGUACUCUGCGUCGUCAGCCUCUACAACGAACCUUGCAGCUCAAUUGACCGGCGGCAAGAAGAAGGGACCAGCCGUGGCACCAAAACGGGGCGCGAAGAAGCUCAAGUACGUCGAGGCGCUCUACGAGUACAGCGCACAAAGCGACGUAGAGCACUCGAUGAGCGAAGGCGAGCGAUUGGUUCUUAUUAACAUGGAUGCUGGAGACGGGUGGGCAGAUGUCGAAAAGGACGGCGUCGUACGGAGUGUUCCUGCGAACUACCUCCAGCAGGUAUAGACCACCUGUCUGGCAGUCGUGCAAGAGUACGGCUGCAGUGCAUAUUGAGCGCUUAGACAUCAUCAAAUAUCACAUCACAGUCAACACCAU